GAAUGAUUGAUUUUUCAUUUAUUGAUGUCAGUUCCUAGUACUUUAUUUGGAGUGAUUGUACCGACGUUGUUAUCUUUAAAUCAAAUUCUUGUAGAAGAAAAUUAAAGUAGUACUUUAGAAAGUGUUGAACAACAAAGCCCCACUGAGUAAUUGAUCGUUUGGGUUCUACAAACUAAGGGAGCUAUCUUAAAAAGUGUCGGUUGGAAAAUCUUGUUUCUUCUGUACAUCUUUUAUUAUCUAAAUUUGGCCUGCAGGUCGAAGGAUGAAAACGAGCGUGUAAUACAAAUGCGACUAAAUAUUUGUGUAUCGUGUAUUGCGGAAGUAUGGCGUGGGCGGUGGUCAAGGGGCAGUUAUAAGCGCGGCGUCGUGUGAGGGUGUACGAGCGCUAGUGCUAGGUGGCCAUGGCGCUGAGCGGGUCAGCAACGGCAUUACUGAAAAGCGCUACGCUACUGGAGCAGCUGCUCGAGGAAAUCAACUUCCAACGCACCAAAGAAAUGCGCCAACUCCUCAAAGAUGAAUCUGGCUUCGUAGUACUUCAAGGAACGACAUAUUGGACAGAUUUGUUUGUGCGGCACUUUCUUUUCCAAGAAGAGCAGGCUAUCGACUGCGACGACUUGCUGUUCUUCGUCAGGAAACGACACGUGAAAGGUUCCUCACGGUAUUUGCCCAAGUACGAGACCGACGUCGAGGUGUUCCGCAAAGAUUCAAAAAAGCUGCCCAUCGGCGACCCCGAGAUUGACUGGGAGGAGACGGUGUACCUGAACUUGAUCGUCCAUCAGUUUGACUACACGCUCACUCUGGCCAUCUGUACGCGCACCAGCCCCAAAGAGCUGCAGGUGCUGAAGCGACACUCGCAGAAGGUGUACGCGUCGCCGUCACGCCGCAAGAUGGACACCAAGGGAGAGGGCGAGGAGAUGACCUACCCCCACAUCUGCUUUAUGGUGGACAACUUCGAUGAGGUAUUUUGCGACAUCGUGGUGCGGGACGGGGAGAUGGUGUGUGUGGAGCUGGUGGCGCGGGGACGCGGCGGAGGGGGUGGAGGGGGUGCCCAGGCCGUUAUCUUCCUCGGCUCCAUUCGCUACGAUGCCCUCACUCGCGUUUACGACUCCAGGCAAACGUCGCUGUCGACGAAGGUGGCGCAGCGCAUGUCGUUCGGGCUGCUGGGCGGCGGCGCGGCGGCGCGCUGCGAGUUCGUGCGCAUGAAGGGCCCGGCCGGGAAGGGGCACGCCGAGAUGGCCGUGUCGCGGCCGCGCGCCUCCGGCUUCGACACGCCCUCCUCCGAGCCCGGCUUCGCCGCCACCGACUUGUGGGACAGCGACUGGGACGAGGACCCCGAGGAGAUGUUCGUCUACAGGCACCAGCGGCGGCUGAGCGACCCCAGCGCCAACAUCGCCAAGUUCGCGCGCGGCGGCUGGCGCACGCGCGAGCGCGACGCCGACAAGAGCCGCUCCGAGAACGAGGGCCUGGACUCGCUGGUGGACGGCAUCACCGAGGUGGACGCCGGGGACCCGCGCGACGCGGCUUCCUCCGGGCGCUGGGCGUGCUGCGCGCGCGCGCCGCCGCCCGACAUGCGCGACGUGUACACGCGCGCGGGCGCCGGCGAGGACCUGUCGUCGCCGCGCUGCCUGCAGCGGCGGGCGCCCCGCAGGCCCGCCGCCGAGCUGGCGCCCGCGCACGCUUUUUGGCAAAGCAAGAUUAUUCAACUUCGCCACUUGUACACGAGUGUACUGAAGGCUAUUCCGAAAACUGACUUCCAUAACUGCUUCGAGAUGUGGAAGCACCGAUGGGAGCGUGUUGUUCAGUCGAAUAGAGAUCACUUUGAAGGAUGCCACGCCGGCCAGCCGGAUUAUAAUGAAUAG